CAUUUCUCCCGGCCUGCUGUGGCACGGGCGGCUGUGCGGGGCGAAGGACUGGCGCUUUUCACCCGUGUCAGGCCGGGGCCCUGGUGGAGCAGGCGGGCGUGUGGUGGCAGCAUGGCAGGUGCUCCUGCGCUGCUGGCCCCGCAACCACCUUCCCCUUCGUGAGUCAUGCAGCGCACGCUGGGGCUGGAUACCGCGUGAGGUUGCGGUUUAUACAACAAAACCAGUGCUUUGACUUUCCAUCAGCUCAAUUCCCGGUGUGGUUGUGCCACGGUAUAAGGUAACACUGGGAGAAGGACCAUUAUUUUGCAGCCAUGCUGGUACUAACCAGUUGAGGAACUUGCGAUAAGACUUCUAAGGUGCUUCCAGGGCAGCAUGCACAUAGACAGGCCACUUGCUGCCCUGCUACCACCAUUUUUGUCACUCUCCCUACAGCUGCAGGUCAGGGGGAGGAGAAGGCAGCUCAGGCUUCAGGGGGCAAGGGGACUUCAUGCAACCACAGACAGUGCCAGGGCCGAAGGAAAAGGAACUGGACCGAAGGAAACCUGAGGCAGAAGCCCCUCUUCUGUUGCUGUUGGAUUUGUUUUGGAGGCUGUGGUUAGCUGCUUGGUGGUGCCUGCAGUAGAUGCUCUACGGCAGCAGACGGUGACUUCCAGGGGCAUCUCUCCACUUUUCUUAAGGAGUUCUGAGCAUAUUUCCUGAAAGAGAUGAAAAAAGGAUCAGAAAGCGGAGCUUGUCCCCUUGCCACUCCAGGAAAUUCAUUGGAGUCAAAUCCAAGCAAUAACAGCAGCAAUGGAGCCUCAGUGAAAGAGAAAGACACGCAUUCUUCUUCUGGAGAACUGGAGAACAUACAGCUGAAACCCGGUAGAGAAACAUCCAGAAAAAAACUCUGUGGCUAUUUAAACAAGCUGGGCAUCAAGGGACCGAUCAAGACCUGGAAGUCUCGCUGGUUCUUUUACGAUGAAAACAAAUGUCAUUUACUGUACUACAGAACUGCACAGGACAUCAACCCUUUGGGGUCUAUUGAUAUCGCCAGCGCCAGCUUUGACUGCAAGGUGGAAAAUGGGGAAGGGGUUUUUGAGAUCAGAACACCAAGCAGAGUUUUUACUUUGAAGGCAAUCAGCAAACAGGCAAUGAUGUACUGGCUGCAGCAGCUACAAAUGAGACGUUGGGAAUUUUGCAACGCUCAGAGCAGAUUUCCUGUGGGCAGCUCCCAGCUUGUGAAUGAACCUCUGGCUGGCAGAACAGAUGUCAUUGACAAUGAAGACUUUCUGCCUCCAGUGAAAACACCAACAGAAGUAGUGGGUUUAAAGGCAGCAUCUUUGCCUGCACCCCAAACAUGUACUGCUUUGCAGAACAUCUCCCUUAAGCACCCUUGGACAGAGAUACAAAACACUGUCUACAAUAUCUGUGGCUCCAAGCAGCUCUGGGGGAACAAUGGGAACAUCUUUAGCUUCAGUGAAUUCCAGGAGCAUCCUGAGAACCCGGAUGAGGAGCAAGAGGCAAAAGUGGAGGCAGGGUGUGCAGUUAAGGAGGGGAUCCUGGAGGAUGGAAGGAUGGAGCCCAGGCUGAACUGGGUUAGGAAAGCCAGGUGGAUGAACAGUGGCUUCCCAGGCUUGCCUGAAGAAUUGCCCAAGGAGAGGAACCCAAUGGAUAAAGUGAGUGUCCUACAGCAACAGAUCCUGACGCUCACAGAGGAAGUCAAGUCACAGAAGGAGCUGGUUAAACUUCUCCACAAAGCUCUGGAGGCAGCCCAGCAGGAGAAGCGAGUAUCUAGCAUGUAUCUCGCUGCAGCAGAAGAUAAGGACAGGCUGGAGCUGGUGCGCCACAAAGUCAGACAAAUUGCAGAUCUCACCAGUCGACUAGAAGCUCUUGAGCAAGAAAAGAAGGAACUGGAGCAGAUGCUGACUCUGAGAGACAGCCACAUCCAGGAACUCAAGGAGCAUGUGCAACUUCUGAUGGAGAAGAACCAUGCCAAACAGGAAGUCAUCAUGGCCUUGACAGAACAGAUGGCCCGAGAGCUCUCUGACCCCUUGCAAGAAGCCAACACUAUCACUGCAGAGACGUUGUAUAAGCAGCAGGAGGAGAUUGAGCACCUGAAGGAUGAUAUUGAUGCAUACAAAACCCAGAACCAAUUUCUCAACUCAGAGAUCCACCAGGUUACACGACUCUGGACGAGCGUUGCUGAGAAUGAAAAAGCCCUUCUGAUGAAGUGUGCCUGCCUGCAAGCCCGAAACUGCCAGAUGGAGAGCAAAUACCUGAUGGUCUUGCGGAAGCUGCAGGAGGCUAUGCCUGGCUUCCCCAGCUCCCAUGCUGAGUUGGUGAGGAACCUCAUCCAAGAAGCGCUCCAGUGGGAUGUGAAGGAAGGAGCAGAAGAAGGUUUUAACUUGAACCCUGUAAGUGAGUAUGAUGAGUAUGGGUUUAUGACUGUCCCUGACUAUGAAGUUGAGGACUGGAAACUUCUGGCCAAAAUCCAAGCCCUGGAGAUAAAGUCCAACAACCUGCGGAGCCAGGAAGUAGUGGAGAAGCCCCUCCGUGACAGGUGGAACAGCGUUGGGGAGCUGAGCCCCUCUGCAGAGCUGAAGAGCCUGAUCCGAAGUGGCAUUCCAGUGGAGCAUCGGCAACGGGUCUGGAGGUGGAUUGUCAGCCGGCACUGCAGCCAUCUGCCUGACCACUACCAGCAGCUGUUACGGCAGAGCAAGAGCACUGAGCACCCUGCCUGCCGGCAGAUUGAGCUCGACCUGCCCCGCACACUGACCAACAACAAACAUUUUUCCUCUCCUACCUCCCAGCUCAUCCCCAAGCUCCGGAGGGUGUUGCUGGCAUUUUCCUGGCACAAUCCUGCCAUUGGAUACUGCCAGGGACUGAACAGAUUGGCAGCUGUUGCCCUCCUGGUCCUGGAAGAUGAGGAAAGUGCUUUUUGGUGCCUAGUCCAUAUUGUGGAGAACCUAAUGCCACCAGACUACUACAGUGACACACUGAUAACAUCGCAGGUAGAUCAGAGAGUCUUCAAAGACUUCCUGUCAGAGAAGCUGCCUCGCCUCAUGGCUCAUUUUGAGCAAUAUCGGAUUGAUGUCUCACUCAUCACCUUCAAUUGGUUUCUGGUGGUUUUUGUGGACAGCCUGGUCAGUGACAUCCUCCUGCGAGUCUGGGAUGCCUUCUUGUACGAGGGAACUAAGGUGAUUUUCCGCUAUGCCCUUGCAAUUUUUAAAUACAACGAGGAGGAAAUCCUAAGAAUUCAUGACAGUGUGGAGAUCUACCAGUACCUGCGCUUUUUCACAAGAAUGAUCAUGGAUGGCAGGAAGCUGAUGAACAUUGCCUUCAAUGACUUAAACCCCUUCCCCAUGAAACUACUGAGGAACCGGCGGUCAAUGCACAGAGAAGAGCUGGAGGCAGAGCUUUGCGAACUGGAACAGAUCAAGGCAGCCUAUGUAAAAGAGAGAGCAGAGCAAGGGCCUCAGGACCUGGAGGAGGUUGUUAGUGAAGAGGAGGAAGAGAUUUAAUAAAAACAGGGUUCCUCAUCACUUCCCUCCCACCUUGCAGAAGGUCUUCAGUAGCAACUGUCUGUAAGAGCCAGAGCAGGGGGCGAAAGGUGGUCACAGCAGGAGUUCAUCUGCACCAGGAAGCAAGGCUGUAGGUACGGGACCAUGUGGGGACCAAGCCAGACUUUGUAAUGGAUCAGAAGGUGUCAAAAGAGUUUUAUCCUCUUUUGUGCCUCUCUCCAUUCAGCCUACCUUGCCCUGUGCAGUUCAGGGUUACAGCUGAAGGUCCAUAGGAAAUACCAGUUGUGAUACCAUGAUAGAAGUUGACGUGGUGCAAAAGAUGCAGCCAGGAAGGGUUCUUCUACCUCUUCUGAUAGAGGUUUGAAAGAGAUCUUUACGUACAAGUAAAAUCACGAGAAACAGUGAACUGAGAGCACUCCCUCAUUGGUACCUAAAGCUUCUGAAUUGGUCAGGAAGGAAACCUGCUCUUUGAAGGUAUGGUGCCUUCAGUGGCUACCUGCCAGGAGAGCGUGUGUUUAACACGGCAGUUACUGAGUCAUGACAUUAUCUCCAGAUGAGUGUUGGGCCUGAGGAAGUCCUGGGAUUGGAGGGCAUCUUCCCAUGGGGUUCAGGCUGGAACAAAUUAAAUGGGUUGUGGGAGAGUGGAGUUGCUGCUGCAGUUUAUUUUGGUUGCUGUGGAAGUCCAUGGUGCCUGGCUGGCAAAUGCUGGGAGCUACCUCUCCUCUUUGUUUAGCUUUGAGCAGAGCCAUCUACGAGUUGGCCUGACCCGGGCAGCACCGUGCCUUCCAGAGGUGAGUUUGCUCCAUGGAGGAGCUGUCAUCUCAGUGUGGAACCAAACACAGCCUGACUGCAGCCAGGGCCUAAUGUCUUUGAGACUUUGACUACUGGAGACACCUGGCUCUUCUGAUCACCUCACACUUGGUCAGGAUGAGUGUGUGGCCAUCUCUCUCUGCCUCAUAGUUAUGCUCCUCCUGUGCAGGGUUUCUACGUUGAUACCCCUGUCUCUGACUCCGUCCGAUUCAUAGUUUCUGUGGGAGUUUCCAGUAUUGAAGGUGUUUGACCCAUGGAAUAUUGCACACUGGGGAUGAACCUGCAAACCACUUGGACUAUGUCACAAAGGAUGGCUUGAUAUUCUUUAGAAAAAACAUUAAUUUCCCCUGAACCAUGAAGCUGGCCUCCAUGGGUCUAGCUCACAGAAAUGCCCUGCUUACCUCUGGGAAUGGUCUCCCCUGCCUGCCAGGCUCAGUUCUCCAGACUCUACUGGAAACAGCACCUGCCUCGAUUCACCUGACACACAUGGUCUGCCUCAGCUCUGCCUUAGGCACAACUGGACAAAUGAGCCCGUUUCAAAGAAUUAUAUAAGUCUGAGUUGGGAGAGACCUGUGGAGGCCAACCACACAGUACGGAAGUAAUCAAAGUGGAAGUGAAGUGUUGGUAACAGUGGAUAGAUGGACAAGAGUGAGGUGGAUCCCCUGCAUGUCACUGACAGCUGUACACGCUGAAAGUAUGAGAUGAGAAGAAAAUGCUAUUGGAGUCUUGCAACAAUAUCUCAAAAAAAUGCACUGGUUUUAAAAUUAUGCCACCUAGCUAGAGAAGCUCAAAAGUCAGGUUUUUUCUUUACAGAUGAUAUUGCUAAUCUAAUUUACUCAUACUGUUAUGUGCAUGGGUAUACACAAAUACAGAUUUUUGCUACUUACAGACUUUUGAAAGGUAUUAUCUUUUAAAUCAAGACAAUGGAAAUUAGAGGUAUACUUACUAUGGUAUUUUUCCUAGAGCCCUUUGCAGCAGCUUAAAAAUAUUUUCUUCCAUCCUGCCCUUAUGUUUUUUAAAAAAGGCAUAUGAAACAGGCAUUAUUGGACCAAACCAUAGUGUGAUGUAUGUCUAUAGUAUAUAAAUAAACAUUGGUCUAUGUGGUGUAUAAUGACCCAUUAAAAAAUAAUUUUUUCUGAAGAAGACAUAAGGACCAAGCUGUUUUCCCUGAUGUGAAAUUCUGAAAAUAAUUUUUAAUUCAAAUUGGAAGGGAGAGACAUCUCAGGGUUGUUAGAAGUUUUAUCUUCUGUUGUGUCUUCACCAGCUCUUGGUUUUGCUCCACAUGUUUACUCGCUGAGGACCAUUUCUUCUGCUUAUACCGCCAACUAGUCACUUGUAGUCUUUCUUUACUAAAAUGUGGUGGAUACAGGAAUAUCCGCAAGGCCUAUGCAGACCUGCCUCUUGGAGGCAAGCUAGCGUGUCCCCAUGGGCCCUACUCCCCUUCUGCUCCACAAGCUUUAAGGCUACAAAAGAGCACUGAACUCGUGUCACAAGAUGCCAGCUGCGCCCAGAGGUUAGCUUAGCCCUGCGCAAGUCCCUCAGGCUUCUGCAAGACCUGCACUGAGUAUCAGUCGGUGCUAGGGGUGUUUUGA